UGUUGCACAUUUAUCCUCGAUCCCGGAAAAACGAACGAAGUCGCGUUUCCGUAAAUCACCUUCAAAAUUCCCGCAGCGCGCGGCACAUUUAAAUUCACCACGUGAUUGGCUGAAAACGGCAACCAAUCAAAACCAAGGAAGCAGUGUAUAAAUAGCGCGGCCGGUGGCGGUUUCUUUUUAAUUCUUCCUUUUGCGGCUUGCGGGGUGGUGGCUUGUCUUCUGUCUUCACAUCGAGAUGGCUCGUACCAAGCAGACCGCUCGUAAGUCCACCGGCGGGAAGGCGCCCCGCAAGCAGCUGGCCACCAAGGCGGCGAGGAAAAGCGCGCCGGCCACCGGCGGCGUGAAGAAACCUCACCGCUACCGCCCUGGCACGGUCGCCCUGAGGGAGAUCCGCCGCUACCAGAAGUCGACGGAGCUGCUGAUCCGCAAGCUGCCCUUCCAGCGCUUGGUGCGCGAGAUCGCGCAGGACUUCAAGACCGACCUGCGCUUCCAGAGUUCGGCCGUGAUGGCUCUGCAGGAGGCGAGCGAGGCUUACCUGGUGGGGCUCUUCGAGGACACCAACCUGUGCGCCAUCCACGCCAAGCGGGUCACCAUCAUGCCCAAGGACAUCCAGCUGGCCCGCCGCAUCCGUGGAGAGCGGGCGUAAAGAAGCAGGCGUGUUUGUUUUUUUUUUAUAAAAAGGCUCUUUUAAGAGCCAUCAAAUAGUCCACCAAAAGUGCUGAAAGCUACCCAAAACUAAGGCGGGAAUCUACGUUCCCCUCACCACCUUCUCUGUCACUAGUUUUUAAAAUUGUUUUAAUUCAUUAAAACGACCUCCCUUCGAGUAAAGUUGGAAGGGAUCUUCAAGUCCAACCCCCUGGAUCAUUGCACAAGAUACUAAGGAUUCGAACAGUUUCCGAUUUGACAAGCGGCUUAAGCCACUAAGAGCCAUCUAGCCCGGCUGAUACGCGCUUCUCACUUCUCGUGAUUUGUCGAAAACGCCCACUUCCACUAAUAUUUUCCCUCCCACAUUUAAAAAUUUGUUUCUAAAGCUCCCAGGAGAGGAUUAUA